GUGCGAGAUCACAUGUAGAGUGUUUAAUAUUUGCGUAUUUUGUAUUUAAUGUUGUUGGUUUAGUGCCAAUUGGUUGAAUUGCUUUAAAAACAUGAAUAUAUUGAGAAAUGUGAAAAGUGAAUUACAGAGAAUCCAAGAUAUUGAUGUAUUUUCAGACGAGAUAAUUGUUUAAAGAGUAUUAACAUGUAAUUUUGAAUUGUAUCGGAUAUUCUCAUAAACAGCUAUAUAAUAUGUAUUAAUUAAUGUAUUAUUUAUAAAUAACUGAAGAUUUUAUAAUUAACUAAAAAUUGUAUAAUUAAUAGCUUAUGGUACUCAUUGUAAAAAUCUGUGAAAUGAAAAGAGAAGACCAUUGAUGCUGUUUUGCAAAGUUUAUUGUCAAUUGUUAUGAACAAAUUCUACAUAAAGUUCACAGUGGGGAAACAACCACGAGAUUUAUGUUUGUUCAUCUCCCACUUUUCAGAGGUACAAUACAUGCCUACAUAUAAAGUGUUGUUUAUUAUAGUGUUAGCUUUCAGUGUUUUUGUUUAAACCAUUAACUCUGUUAAUUCUCUUCUUAAAGAUGGCGUUCAUUAAAGAGGAAGAGAGUGAAGACAUAAAGAUGGAGUUUAUUAAAGUUGAGACUGAAGACAUAAAGAUUGAAGAAACAAUCAGUGUGAAACAUGAAGAUACUGAGGAACAAACAGACCUGAUGGAAGAAAGCAAUGAGAGUGAAGAACUAAAGACAUUUCUAAAGAAAAGAGCGAAGAAAUCUUUCACCUGCACUCAGUGUGGAAAGAGUUUCUCAACCAAACAACAUCUUAAGGUUCAUAUGAGAGUUCAUAAAGGAGAGAAGCCGUUCACAUGUGAUCAGUGUGGGAAGAGUUUCACACGAUCAUCAAGCCUUAAAGAACACAUGAAAGUUCACACCGGAGAGAAGCCGUUCACAUGUGAUCAAUGUGGGAAGAGUUACACACAAAAAGGACAUCUUAAGAGUCAUAUUAAAGUUCACACUGGAGAGAAGCCGUUCACAUGUGAUCAGUGUGGGGAGAGUUUCAGUCAGUCAACAAACCUUAAAAAACACACAAGGAUCCACACUGGAGAGAAGCUACACACAUGUGAUCAAUGUGACAAAACAUUUCUAGAGUCAUCAACCCUGAAGAGACACCUGAGAGUUCAUAAGAACACAUGA